AUGAAAACAGUCAUGAUGCCUAACAACUCAGAUGUCAUGGCCAUAGAGUGUGAACCGCAAAAACAAAUUGCCCACCGAGCUGUCCGGGCGACUUAUAUCGGGGCUGAUUUCGUGCUUACAAUGUUGGGGAAUAUACUGACUAUCGCAGUCAUUAGAAAGGUUGAGGAGUUCUCAGACGGCACGAAGAUGCUCUUCACGUCUCUCGCACUGGCUGAUUUGGGAGUCGCAUUUGUUGCUGCCACGUCUUUGGUUGCUGAGAUAUCCGGGCGUUGGAUUUUCCCAGCGUGGAUGUGUGAGGUCUCUUUUGGAACCUUCUACAUUUUCACGGCCGUUUCUGUUUGCAUGCUUAUCUUCCUGACAUUUGACCGGCUUGUAGCUGUCCUAAGGCCGCUGCGUUAUUCUCUAAUUUUGACCAAAGGAAGGAGUCUUUUUGCUACUGCCUUCAUCUGGUUUGCCUGUGCCGUAGGUGCAAUAAUCACGUUGGCUACCAACCAGAUAAUAUACAACAAAUGUUCAGCAAUGUGUGUGACAAGGUUAAGGAGCAUUCCUCAAAGCAUUGUUGCUUUGGUAACAUUCUACAUCAUCCCGCUAACUCUCAUACUCCUGAUGAAUUUGAAACUUCUGUCUGUGGCGCGCCAACACGCAAGACGGUCCAGGAACCAAGUUGCACCUCCACCUCCACCAUCAUCCUGCGAUCUCGAUCAAGUAUACAUGCAACCCCCUCCUCGGAGCGCACUCAGGGGCAAAGCUGUCGGGGUAAUCACUCUCGUCACCUUCGCCUUCAUCGUUAGCUGGUCGCUUUUCUACGUGAAACUGGUACUCGGGGCAGUGUCCGAUGAAGAUACUACACUCCCCGAGUGGAUCGAGUUUACGUCCAUUUGGUUAGCCCUGACCAAUAGUUGGUGGAAUUUCAUCAUCUAUUCGGAUAAAUCGGGUCACACACCUCUGGACACGCUGAAGAACUUCCACCUGCAUCACACCGAUGCACUGCAUUAUUAA